CAUAUUUAGCUCUAUCAAUUUAUUCCUAAAUUCUGGAACGUAGCAAAGUAGCAAUUCAGGCAUUUCACGUUAGCGCUUUUCUGAUACAACUCAGCUUUCUCCGCCCGGGAAAAUACCGUUUUCGCGCGCGCGCUCCACCGGAUUUUAACAUUCAGAACAUAUGCAAUCGCCGGAAGUUUGCGCGAUGGUAACCGACGCAAAUAGGUUGACGCCGGCGGAGGAAGAAAUUACGAACACGGCGACAUCAGUACAGGCAGUGGAAGAGUUAUUGAGAUAUCGAUUUAAGAACACGAAGCUUCUAGAAGAAGCUCUUACUCACUCUUCCUGUCCUAAUUUAAUUACUAAUUACCAGCGGCUCGCGUUCGUCGGUGAUGCUGCUCUUGGCUUAGCUAUUUCCAGUUAUUUCUUCGUUACUUACCCUGAUGUUGACUGUGGUAGGCUUACUGACCUUCGUUCUGCCAAUUUAAGUACGGAAAAGCUUGCUAGAGUUGCCGUCCGGCACGGCCUUUACAAGUACCUCCGCCGCAAUUCAUCAAUCCUCGAUGAAAAGUGAAGAUUCCAGUAAGCCAUUGCAUAUGGCACGUCACUGGCAACAUUGUAUCAUUGCGCAUUUCAUUGGCACAAGACAAAUUGAACUGAUUACAAUAGUUCCUUUGUGGAAUUGUAAUAGCAACAUUGUAUCAUUGCACAUUUCAUUGGCACAAGACAAAUUGAACUGAUUACAAUAGUUCCUUUGUGGAAUUGUAAUAGAGGAGACUUUGAUUUUGCACGUAGGUGAAGGAAUUUGUGAUAACAGUGCAACAGGAGGAGGAGAUGGAGUUCUAUGGAGGAAUGAUUAAAGCACCAAAGGUUCUUGCAGACAUUGUGGAGUCGGUAAUGGGGGCUGUAUUUUUGGAUUGUGGCUUUGAUGUGAAUGC